AUGUCACUUCCGGCAAAGAUGGCUCUGGUCCGCACCCUCGUCAACCCAAAGGCUCCGUGUCUGCUGGCCAUUCAGCGUAGAACCUUUUUCGCUAAAAAGUGCCCCCAAAAGGUGGAUCCCUGCCAAGGAGGGGGAGGAGGAGCGGAAGGUGGAGCAGCGGCGGGCUCGGCAAACGAAAUUCCCGUCGGAUACAAGCUGCUGAAGGAGACUCAGGCCAAGUUCCAGCUUAAGGACGGACUUCCGAUUUGGCUCAAGGGUGGCCCGAACGAUCGGAUGAUGUACCUGUCGACGGUGGGCUUGGCGCUGGUAGGACUCGGCGGAUCGGUGCUGUUCAUCGCAAACAUGAUUCUCACGACUUGAAGAAAACAUUUUUUUCCUGCUUUUAUUCGGGACGAAUUUUCGUGUGUCGCUUAUAAAUAAAUAAACUCUCAAUAAAUAAUUCUUAUCACAAUCUGGAAA